UUAAAAUUGACUUAGGAAAGAACGAUUUUAGCUUCCUUUGACUUCCUGAACUUUCUAAUCUAUUUACAAAAAGUAAACUGAACUGAACUACGACCUGUUUCGGUAAACAGUACAAUUUGUUACAUAGACUCAAGAAGCUUCAAAAUUCCGUAUUUGUUUCUAUGCUUUUGAAUCGAUUUACUUUAUUGUUCGUUGAUCAAUGCAUCCAUUCAUUUGUUAUUUGUUUUGUUCCGUUGGUGUGACCGGAAAAUGUUUAUUUCACUCCACGAGAUCUAGAGGGAAAAACUUGUAUGAUAGUGGACAGAGGAUGAAAAAUAAUUCACUUUUACAGCAUAGGCCUACUUUGCUUUCAGCCUACUAGAAACAGACACCAUUUUGGCGGUUGUUCAUACUUGAUUCAAAUCUAAGAGGGAACUGGGCAAACAUUGGCGGUAGCUCUUGUUGUCUUAGAGGCAGGAUAAACGAGAAGAAAGGACCAAUUCGAUGAAGAUCACCUGUCUUCGUAUCUAAUUAUGCAGAACCAAGUGACUCCAAAUAAGUACGGAAGUCGACAUACUACUUUCUUGUUUUGUUGGAAACAGGCUGAGUGCUAAGUUGAUGGAAAGUGUAGGAGCUUUUAAUCCCAGAGGCAAUCAUUUCAGAAGGAUAGACAACCUGAAAGAAAUAUCUGAAAAGCGUUAUUGUGAAUUGGAGGUAAUAUAAUUCUUCAAGCUUCCAAGGAGUAUUCACAUAAUUUUCUGAAUAAUCAAUUUGCGUCAUUGAUCUCUUUCAUUGGAAUUGAAGUCAAAUUUUCAACUGCGCGCUUGAAAAUAUAUUGUUGUCAACCAUUUACACCACAUACAGCUUCUUAGUUGAUCAUUUUCAAGGCCAUGGUGUGUCGAUUCUGUUAUUCUGUGAAGUUUAUAAUUCUACCAGUUGGGUAGGAGGGGGUGGCAAUCGAUGCAUCAAAAAUUGAUUAAUCACCAUGGACAUUAAUUCUCUAAAUUUAUACGCCAAACAAAUUUGGAUUCUUCAUGCUAUGAUCAUCACUACAAAUUGGAAACAGACGUCCAGCAAAGCCGAAUGAGACAGAAGUCCACGUUUUAUCUCGAUUGGCGCCUUUUUUCCAUGUGCGCAAUUUGCAAAGUUUCAAUAUUUACCAUAGAAUUGUAACAAAGGGCAACAUAAUUUUGCCUAUAAAACGGUGCAUCGACCUUUCUACAGCCACUUGGUCACAUCAAAGUAAAGUGGAAGUUUCAAGGUGGAGCAUGCUAUAGUUUUGCUACCUUGAACAGUUUAACGAAACAAAAGUAUUUGCUAAGGAAAAAAUAAAGCGUCAUUUUUUGAAGGAAAAUAAAAACAAAUCACAAAGGCUGGCUUCGGGAAAAUACUGCUUGCAUAAAAAACAGAGAUGGCCCAACUUUCAAGCACAGAAUCAUCAACAUAGUGAUUCAGUCCAAAGAUAAAGAUUCUUAACAGUCUAUAUUCUCACUUCGAAAAGAUCAACGAUCUACAAUGUCGUUGUUUGGUACUUUAACUGGUCAAAUAAGUUUAACAGUCUACUGUGUUAUCUUGGCACUUGCAAAUAUACUUGUUAUUCUCUGUUUUUCGAUCAACCGGCGCUUACGAACACUGGCAAAUCGCUUUGUAAUAGCAUUGGCCGUUAGUGACCUAAUGAUCAGCGCAAUACUCGUCCCAAUUAAUAUAUGGCUGCCAGAUAGCCCAGCCAACGGGCCAUUGACUGCAUUUGCUCUAUUGGCAUCGCUUGGCAACAUCUGUGGAUGUACUUAUGAUAGAUACAAUGCUAUAAAGAACCCACUGCAGUACCAAAGUAUUAUGACAAAGACAAGAUUCAUCAUAGUUUUAGUCAUAGCGUGGACUGUGCCAAUGGUUAUAGCACUCGUCCCACAAAUUUGGGUACACAAUGCAGAAGCUCUAAAUCUUUCCCCUCUGGAUGUUUUUACCUAUGAGAAGAGGUUCGUGGCAUUUAUGACAAUUCUGGUCUUGGUCAUAUGCCUGAUUCUUACUGCAGUUUAUGUGUAUAUAUUCAUGGUUGCCAAAAAGCACUAUGAUGCGAUGAAAAAAGCUGAGAUGCACAGGCCUAAACUUGAGCCAGAGAAUGACGAUGAUGGAAAAUCAAAGCGCAAAGAAAGAAGAUCUUCAACGCUUCGAAAUUUUUUCAAAGCUAUUAAAUCGACCGCCCUUUUUGCAACUAUCGGAGCAAACUUUAUUUGCUGCUGGCUGCCUUUGAUAAUUGUUAACAUUGCGUUUGCUUUUGAUUUCAUGGAUUCUUUAUCACUUGUCUUCCUGAAAAUUGGAGCAAUACUCAUGUACUCAAACAGUUUUCUCAACCCACUAACUUACGCUUUCUUUCAAAGGGAAUUUAGAAGUACAAUUUUUGGUCUUUUUAAAAAGAGGAGACACGUUUUGCCAUUUGGAAAUACAUCUUAUGUCAAAAGUGAAAACAUUUCAGCAAACAACAGAAGUUAUUGAAGUUUUGAAUUGUACUUUUUAUCAGUUGUAAUCAAGAAGUAUCGUAGAAAGUCGAUUUAUCUGUUUGCGCAUUGUAAAAAGUAGAUGAUGUUAUUAUAAAUAUCAUGUAAGCUGCUAAAUGUAAUUGAGAUAAAGAGUGGAAAUUUUUUUGAAUAGUAGAAACCGCUAACUGAUUCAACAAAGAGACCAAAAGUUUUUGGCAACAAACCGCUUUGUUUAAAAAGCCGGAAAAGCUGUCAUUAAGCAUCGAAAGAUUUUUAUGCUUUAAACUCCCAAGGCUUGAUAAAACUUUGAAAAAAGUUUUAAAUGCAAACAUUUUAUGCACUCUUCAUGAUUUCUAUUGUGAUCCAGUUAAACAGGCAACUUUUGCCUCGAGCUAAAGCUUUGCUACGCUUUUGAGUGGACGGACCCAAACAACCUGGAAACUUUUUGAAUUAGUUUAUUUGCUUCAUGCCUAGGCAUAUUAUCUUAACCAACAUUGAUAUCCCCAUUCGCAUGGGAUGUAGAUCUAGAUAGAUCCGCUCCCGAACUGGUACAAAUUGGUCUAGAAUUUAGACAUGACCCAGCUGAUCUCAAUCAACUUUUAUGAGCUACCCGUAUCCAUUUGAAAUCAAACUGGCCGUAAAAAUGAAAUCAAAUCUAAAAGACACCCGAGCCCAUUUACAUCUAGUCUUCAGUAAACGAGGUCCAGUCUUCUUUUUCAGCUAAAAGGUAAAAUAAUUAUUUAACGUAAUAGCCUGUAAAUUUUUUAUCAAAUUUUGCCAUUGAAAUGAACAGCAUAUGGGAAUUUAGUGGGUCAAUAGAGCAUGAGCAAUGAGAAUGGCUGAAAAACUUACACUUGUAGCAUUCUCUUUCCUUUUCUUUCAAGCUUGUACAAUGGAUAGCUACACUAGAGCUCGUUAAGACCAACUUUCAACAGCUCGUGUUCAUUUGGGUCUUCACAUUUGUCUAAUUUUGCUAAAAUACUUAACGCUUGAUCUUAACUUCAUUAUAUCGAUAAGGUGGUAAUUUCAAGUCUCGGUGAUAUUCACAGAGAAGAAAGUAGCAAAGAUAGAAGCAAUAUGAAUUGUUAUUAGAAUUCAUUUGCUUUAGUAACAUAUGUAUGAAAAUAUGUACAUUGUAUGAAUAGUUUAUUGCCUUGCUAGAAAUUAGAAUGUAAAAUACUGUUUUUUUCAUAUGUAAAAAAUAUAUUGAACAUUCAGUAUUUUUCAAUAGUUGCUAAAAUCAUUGCAAAAAACUUGACUUGAAUGUUUUUGUUUUCAAGCUCUGCAAUCACUGUGACUCAAGUCUUUAAGAAAAAAAUGAUUUAUGUUUUAUAAAUAUUUGCUUUCGAUAAGUUUGGACGCAGGUUGUAAACAAACAAGCAGCGACCAUGUUAGAAUUGUUUGUUUGUUUUGCGUUGUCAUCAUUGUCAAUUAUUUUGCGUGCUGGUAUAAAAUUUAAAUGCAAGAUUUGCUAAAAUUGAAAAUACGUAUUAAUCUUUAAACUCUAAAGUCACAAAUAUUGUUUAUCUGAAAGCAAACCAUUGCAUAAAUUGAUGAUCUCUAUCCAUUCUAAAUUGUUCUUCUUGAAAGAAGCUUUCUUUAACUGCAAUACAUUAGGUUGUUGCACAAGUCAAAAAAACGGGAAUGUAAUUUUUAAAAUAAAAUAACAAUUACUUAAAGUUGUUCAGUUUUUAGACUUCUAGUAUUAUCAGCCUUAACUCAGAAAAUGAUUUUCCAAGGGUUUAGGAUGCGCUAGCCGUAAAAAGAUAAAAAAAAAUUAGUUUAAAAGAUAUUAACCUUCUAAGCUCAAUUCCUCGAUAAUCGGGGUUGCCAAGUCGCGAUGAGACCAUUUUACGAGUCUUACAAGGGUUCUUCGGAAAUUUGUUCCUAACUUGAUUACAUAGCACGAUUAUUCAAUUUCUCCUGGGCAGGUGGCAGUUGAAACAUAAAUGGCUGAACUUUAUUUAUUUUGCACGUGGCCCUCAGACAUUUUGCAAACACUGGAACGUUCUGUUGUAAAAGUACACGUAUGUUUGAUAGACAUUUUACUACUGCGUCCUCUGAAAAUAAUUCCAUCACAACUUUGAGCUAAAGAUUGAAAAUAACUUAGAAUUGAAUUGAAUGCAUUCUGUGAUUGAAUUGAAUGCGUUCUGUGAUUGAAUUGAAUGCAUUCUUCAGUAAAUGACUGCCUGAUGUUAUCCUUGAAAUUGCUUCAUCUUAGCCUUAAUCAGUGUUUCUCUACUAUUGUCACGACUAACAUUAAAUAUGUCAUAUACAUAUAUACAUACAUUGGUUUUGAUAAAACGUAUUUACUUGUCAAUGAUCUAGCAGUAUCAGUCAUUAUCGGACCAUUUAGGUUUCCUCAAAAGGUUGGAAAUUAAAACAGAUUAACAAAGCCAAAUUCAAUUUCACAAAGGUCUUUAUAAGUCAAAUGAAAGAAUGAUUGGAAUAAGUGGAUAUAGGUUGUUUGUGCAUUGCACAAACGUCUUUUAAACCUAAAACCAUUUUCCUCAGUCCGAAAAUGACCGAUACUGCUAGAUCAUUGACUCAGAUUUAGAUUAUCUGUAACAACAGAUAUUCUUGUAUUGGACAAAAUAUCCAAUUUUGAAAAGGAUUUCAAAAUUUGCGAUGCACAAACAACAAUUAUCAAAAGCUCCCCGGCAGUGCUAUUAGCAAACUUGGAUAUUUCAUUAUAUAAAUAACUCGUGGCCAGGUGAAAAUUGGAUAAGGUUUUUAAGUAGAAUAAAGAAAAAAGGCUCUUAAAGGAUUUGAAAUCGCAUCUGAUUUUGUAAAAGGGAUUUUCGUGAAGAUGGGUUUUUCAGUUUUGUUAAGAACUCGCCAACUUUGAAAGUCCACUUCUGGUAAACAAAGAACAAAAGCCGUCAUACGUAAACGGAGCUUUUCUGGAUAUAUGUCGAAUUGUUUAUUAAAAUGGCUAUUGAAGAUAAAAAUUAUAUUUCAGCAAGUAAAGCAAUAGUUUAGCAUUCCUAGGAUAAGGAUAAGAUUGGUUUAAAAAUUAACAAUGGAACCGAAAAAUGAUAAGCUAUAAAGUCAGCCGAACUGAUUUCAUUGAAAUUCACCUUGUUGAACUGGAAGCUUUGUAUGAAUCAAAUUAAAAAGACAUCCAAAAGCCGCUCUGUAAAACAGUAAAGCUCGGGGUGCAGCUUUUUCUGCCUAAAUUUUGUUUUUGAGCAAUAUUGAACGUCCACGUAACAGCAAGAGAUAACAGUAUUAAAAAAUCCAUUUUACAAAUGUUUGCUUAAUUUCUAAGGGCUUAAGUUGCGCCUUGAUGCAGGGUAUUGAAAUGAACUUAUGGGAAACACAUGUAGAGCUCAUUUUUGGUGACGUCAGGCUCAGCAAAAUUGCCGCACUUUUAUAAUAUUCAAUUAACACACUUACUUUCAAUUGCUUGUUACACCGAAGAGGCAGUAUUCUGGUUAACUGUAACUUCUUGAGCUGUAAUAUUGAAUAAACUACUUCCACAAAGGAAUUAGAGUUAAGGAAUAUUUUUAGAGAGCCUCUCUUUCUGGCAAGUGUCACAAUGUAAGAUAUAACCACACUGGUGCGUGUUUUUCAAGAGUAAUAGAAACAGGGCAAGUCAUCGCUUUGUUUACAGAAACGAUUGAUAGGAAAUGUUCCUCUGAUCUAUAUAACGCUAACAGUGGCGUUCCCAGGGCUGCAGCAGCGGAGGUGGGAGGGAGGGGCCAGAAUUUUUUUGACCACGCCCUUCAGACACUCGCAAAUGCGGGAAAACGCCCUUUUUGCAAAAUUUCUCCCCAUUAUUUGAUUAGUGUUAGCUACGGUAAAUAGCAAGUAUUUUACAAUUGUUAUUGAUACAAGCAUACAGUAUACUGCACCCCCCCCCUCCCCCAAUGAGUUUUACAUCAUUUUUGGACAAAUCUCGAGGAUCAUAUUUUAGAAAACUAGGGGGGAUCCGGACCCCUCUAUUCCCCCCCCCCCUUGGGUACGCCACUGAACGCUAAUAAUAUGUUACAGGUCAAUUAGAAAAUCUAGUUUUCAUGUCUUACAUUAAUGACAACAUUACUUGUAGGUUUGAUCAAACAAAAGCCUGCAAUCACCUUUUAUCAGCUAAUUUUAUAGAACUGAACCUUCUGAUCAUUAAUCUAUUAUUCAUUUCAAUAUAGAUUGUAAAGUUUUAACUGGAUGAGAAGGGGUGAACUCGGUUUUUAUAGUGUUGCGUUAUCUACAUGUAAUCAGUCGAGACUGAUUAUCAUAUUUGAAGGGCCUAGGGGGGCUGAAAAAACCCUAUCAUAAGAUGACAGUCGGGGAAUCGGAAAUUAUUCGAGGCAUUUUCAAUGCAAUUGAUAAUAACCAGUGUUAAUAGGAUUGGGCCAAGAUAAAAAGGAAUGUUUAAAAACAUUGCAGCAGUUAAAACUGCACUACAAACAAAGAGGAAAAGUAUGAUAAGAUGAUGUUGUGGCUGACAUGAGCAAAGGAACGGAUUGCAAAUGUCCGUUCAAGUGGUCCAGGGAUGCGAGCAACAGCUGUUCCAAAGUCAUGUCUUUCCACGUGGUUCUUAGCGGUAGAAACUCUUUCAGAUAUUACCUCCUAGCUAGGCCUAGUUCGCUUCAACUUCAAUAUUUAUAUUCGAAUCGUUUGAAUGUAUGGAGAUGGUAAUAUUCCAUAUUCUAUCGCUUUAUUCAACUUCUUAAUGACCCUGUAUUGAUUUUAGCUCUAAUUGUAGGGCAGUAUUUUUAUGCGGAUAUGUGUGCAGCAAAAAAUUUACUGUAAAUUAACGAGCAGAUCAAGUCUGGCAAAAGAUGAGAGAAAAGUUACUUUCAUCGAAGUUGUCCAAAACAUAAUUCCUGCCAGGGGCGGAUCCAGCAAAAAACCUGACUGAGUUCCAGGCAAAGGGUAGGGACUUUUAGAUACUGCAUUGAUAAUUGUGCAAGACAACAUUAUUAUUCAUAUUUAUGCAUUUUGGUACCAUUGGGGGGGAGGGGUAGGUACUAUCCACUCACUAACUCUAGAUUCUAGAUUUCUUUCCGACAAAAAGCAGUGCCUCUGUGAAAAUUUUACAACACUCUCCCUUUCUCAGUACCCUUUUGUUUCUCUUGGAUGUCACAGCAAAGUUUUUCCCUUUUGUUUUGAUCGAAAUUUGAUUCUGGAAAAUUAACAAUUUUCCUGGUUUAUCUCAAACGCUUAGUAAUCUGUUAGAAUGCUGCGAGGGUCGCGAAAAUGGAGAUCUGAAGCCGCCAUUUCGAAUUCAAUGUUUUACAGUUCCACAACAGAACAGAAACAAUAGGUAGCCAAUCAUUUACUGGCUGUUGUACAAAUCUCUUGCAAAUAUGGUAUCAUUUCCGAGUUCUAGAUGCUGUUUUGACUGAGUUCCAUCCGUGUUCCAGACAAAAACUUUAUUCAUUCACUUCCGAGGCACAAAACGUUCAUUUCCGAGUUCCAGGAUUGACUGCUGUUGUCCUCCACAGCGUCUGGAAAAUCGUUUCCAAAUCACGACAGAGAAGAAGGAAGGAAAAGGGAGAACGAAUUACAUCAGAUAAAGAUCACAUAAAGCAACAACAGCAAGGGAACAUGAUGAUUCUUUGUAAUGAGUAACCCUGAGACGCUUUACACUCUUUUUUUCUUAAUUUUUUCUUUAUUUUUAUUUUUUAUCUUUAUUUUUUCUUUACUUUAUUUUAAGUUGGUAAGCGUACACUUCUAGCUAUAUUUAAGCUAAUUGAAACCAACUAAAUAUAUCAACAAAAACCGAAUUUAACAACAGUAACAGUAAUAAAUGAAUUACAGUGGAAUCCCGAUAUCACGAAUUCUGAAGAGAACCAGAAAAUAGCUCGUUAUAUCGGGAGUUCACUAGCCCGGGAGGAAACGUUUUUUAGGUCUUUUCCUAGUUCAAGCCUAAAAUCUCUAACUUCUGUGCACUUAUUACUCCAAAAAACCAAACUGAAUUCAAAUGUUACUAAUGGUUAGUGAUUUAAAAUGAAAAUCUAUAUGUUCCUUUUAUUAUUUGGAACCAAGAUAUUGGCAAAGCUGGUAUCACUUCACUUCUAGUUGGCGGCUGAAUAAAAGCUUCGAUUACUUCACAUUCUUUUUUGUCUUCUUCUGCUUCUCUAUCUGUGUCUCUCAAUAGAAGUUUGUCGUCGCUCAUUGCCAAUGUCUCAUAUGUAAAGAGGUAUUCGUUAUUGUCAAUGUACUCAUUCGCAGUAAUUUCUGACGCAAUCAAACUUUCACCUCGUUCUCCGAGUCUAUCAGCCAGGGCUUGAAUGUAUCAUCAGAAUGUUUGGCCGAUUAUAAAAAUGAUUUCCCACCAGAUUAAGUGAUAAAUGAACACCGAAAAUAGAGGAAUGAAAAUAACAGAUGACAAAUUUAUGAAAAGUUCGUUUUUCGAGGGUAAUAAUGACGAAGAGACCUAAAGAUUGGUUCGUAAUAACGAGAGUUCGUUAUAUCCGGGGUUCGUCCUUAUACCCGGGGGUCAUUAUAUCGGGAUUCCACUGUACUGAUAUAAAAUAUAUCAAUGUACAGUAGGUUCUCUGUCAUUUUAUAUAGCCCUCUUGUUCUGUGAAUGGUUUACAAAUGCGGCAUGGGCAAGAAAUCGAUGACACCGUUUUGAUACUUGCUUCAAAGGUGUUUAUAUUUGAGCUUGAGGUUAUUUCUGUAGGAAUUGAGUUCCAUACUUCUUGACAUCUGUGGGAUACAGUGUCUAAUCCGUAUGCUAUAAUGUUUGGUUUAUUUCUAGGAAAAGCGAGCCCCCUGACGUUAU